AGUCGUUCACCGAUCUUGGACCCCAACCAGCUCCAUUGUGAAGCAAGUUGAUUCUUUGAGUUAGAUUGAGGCAACCUUCCAAACAUAUUUCCGGCAAUAAACAUUUUGUCCUGACAGCACUGCAUGGCAUGUGGAUACUUAAGACUGACCUGAUAUCCUCGGUAUUUAUUCCGUUGGGUAUCGUUUCGAAAUUGCUUUCCGACUGGCCUGAUCUUCAACGCUAUCCCAAUCCCUCCCACACAUCAAUUCGACAACGGGGUCUGUGUGCAUGCCUCAGGUCUAUCAGAUCGCAGCCGGCGCAGCGCUCAGUCGCUGUCAAGCGGUCUGUCUUUUGGUUGGCAGGCGUGGCAGUUCCUGUGCCCGAGCCUUUAGAGUUCGCCCCGGCUUCUGCCCUACGCAGUAGAUGGGAGUCCCAAGCACACAUGGACGCUACGGUGGUCCAAGGCCGCGUCGUACAUGGUACAAGGUACUGCUGGGGGAGGUUUCAUUCCCCCAUGUUUGAAGUGUGCUUCUUCCGAGUUUCUAGAAAGGCCUCAUCAGACCGAUCCGAGUGCGAGGUGCAGCCUUCACUCGACACAAGGUGCAUCGACCGGCCCGUGACUGUAGCUGUCCGUUGCUCAAGGACUUCUAGGGUUCGUAGCUUCGUUCGUGUAAGUAGGUAGGCAGGUGUGUCAUUGGUAAUUCUGCCGGCUUAGCCCUGGCUCAACUCAUGCCACAAGCGCUACUUGAUGAAUAGUCGUCACUGUUAGUUGAUGUCAAGCACACAGGCACACGAGAGUUGUCUGCUCAAAGUAAACGCAUGCGCUUGCUCAAUCGAGAGUUUUGCUAACUCUUCAAAUCGUCCCCCGAGAUAUCAUAAAUCUAAACUGU